AUGAUGACCAGGCCGUUACUGUGUCACAAAAGCCCGUUGAGGGUGCAAUCCGGGCUCUUCUCCACGGAAGUUCGCAAGCAAGUUGCACCAAUGGUGAAGUUCCACCAGAAUGCUUAUUGCCCCGAGUGUGGCAAACACGUCACCCAUGGUGAUGUGGAAAAGAUGCGUGAGGCUUGUUCGCGAAUGUGGCGAAAGUUCAUGCGGUUGGACGACUCUCACUGCCCAUUGUUCCGCAUCUGCGAUGUGAAGAUUCGUGAGGGCGAAGUGACGCGCUUGGGCCUUUGGGAGAGGAUGCCUCGGAUCAAAGGCCGCUCCUAG